AUGAUGAAUAACAACAACUUAUCGUUAGAUGAAAAAUAAAAUGAUAAUGAUGAGAACAAAAAUGAAAGGGGAAAUAAAGAAAAUGUUUAAAUAGAGAAAAAGAAAAUUUAAACAAUGUAAAAGUAAGAAUAGCAAACAACAGCUAAUUUGUAAAAUAAUUAAAAAAAAGACAAACUCUACACUAGCGAAGAAGAUGAAAAGAUUGUUGUCGGCUUUAAAACAUAUAUCGAUAACUUAAAGUUUUGGUAAGAAACAAAGUAAAUUGACUUAAGAUACAGAUCACCUGUUUUUACUUUCUUCAAUCAAACAACUUAAGGAGUUUUACCAAUUAAAAUCUACUAAAAGCAGGAACUUUUCUCUUAAAACUUUGAUUAUAUAUUGAACAAUUCCCUACGUACUUCGUUUACAUACUGGAAUAAUUCAAGAGCUUUUGGAUACUAUGUUAACUUAGUUACUACAAUAGCAUCUAUAAUUGGUGUUUUCAUGCUACUUGCAAUUAACUAAGAUCCUUCAACACUAGGAUAAACAAUUAUUUACUUUUUAAGUAUCAGUGACAACAUAUAAUGGGGAUUAAGAUAAAUGAUUUAAACGGAUGUUUCUAUGUCCAGCGCUUACAGAGCUAUGAAUAAGACAUUAAUUGAAUCAGAACCUGCUUUGAGAACAGAGUAUGACUCAAAUAAGAUUCUGCAAAAUCGCAAAAUAAAAGAGUCUUUCCCAACUAAAGGAGUAGUUGAAUUUAAUAAUAUAGAUGGUCACAACAUAAACGAUUUGGGACUCCAUACUUUGAGAGGAGGAAUUAGCAUAAUUCCACAGGUACCUUUUAUUUUCUCUGGUACUAUAAGAAGAAAUUUAGAUCCAUUAAAUCUAUUCUCAGAUGAAUAAAUUAUUGCUACUUUAUAAGACAUUAAUUUGAAAGAAAAAGUAACUAGUUUGCCUAAUGGUAUUAACACUGAUAUGACCAAUUCUGCAGAGAUAUUUAGUACAGGCUAAAAAUAGCUUAUAUGUUUAGGUAGAGCAUAGUUAAGAUAAAGUAAGAUCAUUGUGCUUGACGAAGCCACAGCUAAUUGCGAUAUGUAAACUGAUGAAUUAAUACAAAGUAAAAUUAGAGAAAAAUUCAGUAAUUCAACUGUGAUUACUGUCUCUCAUAGGUUAAAUACUAUAGCAGAUUAUGAUAAAAUUGUGGUAAUGGAUAAAGGUGUGGCUAUAGAAUCUGGAAAACCCUAUGAUUUAUGA